AUGGAAGCAUUCCCUCUUGGGAAACCCGAUGAAGUUGCAGACGGUUAUGUAUUAACUCAGGAAGAAGUAGAUCACAUUGCUUGGAUUCAACGUCUGGCGGAAGAAACCUUGGAAGCGAAGCCCAUCGAUGCUCUUCCAGCUGCUGUGAUUGAGGACGUGCGAGAAGGAUUGAUGAUCGCAGAGGAAGACGUACCAAUGUCAUCUUCAAUCCAUGUUUUACGAAGCGUUAAUGCAGUGCCGGAGGGAGACCAAUCCAAGGAAGAAUCUGAACCGACUUCGGGAGCCGAUCAAGGGACUUCAACAGAACAAGAGUCACCAUCUGAGGAGGUGGUUCUGUAUGAAAGGUCUUCUCCAUUGCUAGAAUAUCAACACGAAAUUUCCUCUCCACUAGAGGAAGAUCGGAAUCUCCCUUCGUCAACACGGGCUGGUGAACCAUUCGUCGUCGAAACUAUUGUGUACAAACGAGAACCACCAUGCAGACCUCCAUUACCUUCACAAAGUAUUGACCAGCUGGAAGCAUCGCCACCUGAUGAAGUUGCCGAGCGUUAUGUAUUAACUCUGGAAGAGCUAGAUCACUUUGCUUUAAUUCGGCGCCUAGCUGAGGAAUCUUUGGAACAUAAGUCCAUGGAUGCUCUCCGAACUGCUGCUGUAGAAAGAACUCAAGCAAUCCUGUCAACCGCUAAGAACGAUGGGCCAACCUCGUCGUUGUUCCAAGUGUCAACGGGCCUCAAUUCUCUGCCAGAUCUAUUUGAAAUCAAGGUGAAAUCCGAACCAUCAUCUGUAGUUGGUCAAGUGAUACGACCUGAUUUUGUUUCUCAAAAUGAAGGAGGUAUUUUCUGUGACAGCAUAGCUCCGCAGCCUUGUAGAGGUUCCUCGACUGAUACUGAGAAACGUCAUGAUUAUUUGUUGUGUAAAGAUCCCGAACAAAAAAUAUUUUCAAAGUUUAAGGAUAUUGACAGCUCGCUCGAAUCUCACUUAGGAAGAAGCUGCUCUUCUAAAUUAGUAGAUUCGAAUUUUCUCAAUGGCAAAGAAGUGCAUGAAAUGUCUCAAAAGGGGACUACUGAAGAAAAGAAAUUUACCUGUGAUGAACACAGAAAUCCGCGUCUUAUGCGUAGAUCGUCAAUAGGCAUAGCUAUGCGUAGCUCCGAUAAACCUUCCAUUUUGAGCAGGAGUACCUCUGUCAGUUAUACAUCUAGCACUGUUCACGUGGUUCCUGUAGAACACUCAUUCUUGUCUGCAAGACAUGAUACCGUAAAGUUGAGCAAUAUUGGUGCUUACAAACCAGUUUUAACUGCUAAAAACGGAGUUAGCGUGCAGCGCCGUCCCAAAGUACAAAUUAUUUAUACAGAUCAUUCUUUACGUGAAUCUCAGUCCUCGCAAACGGACAACAUUUCUGAACCAGGCGAUCUCUUUGAAGACUCCAUGAGUGAAAAUAUUGAGGCCUUCUCCACUCUCUGGCCAGAAACUGCUGCACUGGCUGACCACGAUGCAUGUGCCGGAAAUGACGAAAAAGUCAUUCGAAGAUCUCAAAGCGAUGUUGCAAAGGAUGUUGCACUAUCUGCUGAACCUGUUCGAUCUUCAAUGAGUUCGAACUGCUUCGCGGCGGCGUGUUUCGAACACCAUGCUAGACUCAACGCCUACGAGCUUUGCGAGCAACAUAGCUUCACGGAUAGUAAAGAUCUGCUAUGCAAUGUGGAUUUCUUGUGUCGUCUUAACUUCGCAGCUCAUCGGAUAUCGGAAGAUAUUGCUGAAGAAGCCGGACGUGCACUCAGAAUUCAUUUUCGAGAUCAGUUGAAUCCACGUGCUCGUUAUUUCAAAGCUAAUUCGUUGAGCAAUUUUUCGAUGUCGUUGUCAAGUCUAGACGAUGACCAGCAGAGCGAGUUCGGUUUCACAGUCGAACCAGCCCCGAGAGAUGUGCCCUUAUUUGGUUUGUUCUCAUUUUUCGCGAAGAAGUCGAAUAUUUCUGAUCGUCCCAAGUUAUCGAAUCCAUUUAUAUCGUUUCCUUCUACUUCUUCAAUCGAAGCCAAGUCGAGAAGACAUUCUGACGAUAGAAGUGGAGAUAUUCUGAACCUACUAAGGAGGUCAUCUGGUGCCGAUUCUCGGGCGUCUACGGAAAGUCCUAUUAAACUUCCGGAACACGCCUUAGAAGGCCUCUCUCAGUCCGAACUUGAGCAUGUGAUGGAAGUGCUGAGUAGGAGUUCUUCAGCAUUGCAAAUGCUACCUGACAUGACUAACAUUUCGCCGACGGAGCGUCAACAUAUUCAGAGGGUACUUAUGAAAGCCGAGCAACGAAUACCAUACGUGAUUGGAAAGCCACUUCCACGUCAACUGACGUCUCGCACGGAAUCCUUGCACUCACCUGAGCCGAUCCAGUUACCCGUUUUGAACGCAGAAGACACCUCUAAUAUCCAUGUUCAGGUAAAUGACGCAUCGAAAGAAGUGGAACAGCAUGGAUCCAUAGUUGGGAACGAGAUUGAUCGAGAGAUCAAAACUGAUCCAAAUGUUUUAGAAGAUGUGAACGUAGCAAUAGAUACAAUCAUACCAAGUGGUCAAGAAAUAUCUGACACUAUGUCAGCGCUCCGGGAUGAACACAAGAUGGGAAUCAUGACGGAGUUAUUCAUUAAGCAGCCAACACAUGUUCGUGACGUCCAGAAGCUCAGUUUGGUUCCAAAAUCGCCAUCUGAGGAAAACAAAAUCGAAAAAGGCGAUAACGAAGUGAUUCACGAACACACUAUUUCUCUUGAAGAGUAUAAAACCAAUGAUUCCGAAGAAGGGAAAACAUUGGCCAUUCAGCCGCUUUGUGGUGCUGAAUUGACCAAUGGAGAAAUCGAACACAUAAAAAGGUUUGCAACAUUAGCGGAGAAGAAGGUGGGCCGCGUAGAAUCCCUUCUCAUGGGAUCAGCUGUUAAUGAUAUUUCACCCAGGAAGAUUGACAGCAGCUCUCCCGAAUUAUCACCAAAUUCCUGUAUGAGCCCCCCAGAAACAUUCUCACCAGGCAUCCACCAGGGUGCUCGUGAAUAUUCACAAGGCGGAUUAACUGCUGAAGAGUUAGAACACGCUGACAAAGUAGCCCAGGAGGAAUUUAAUUAUCCCACUGAGGACGCUGGCUGGGAUUUACCGUCGAAACUCCCAAACAGUAAGCAACGUGUUCAAACGAUUUCGAUCUAUUCCACUGAAUCUAUGGAAAAAGAGUUUCCUUUUAACCAUGAGGGCCAGAGUAAUCAGCAAGAAAUCUUUCAGAGAGCUUCAACUAUGAACCUUGAAACCCCAUCGGGGGUAAACAAUAUGCAUAGAGAGCUUGAGAAUGAAUUCUCUCACAGCUUAGAGCAUUCAUAUUGCUCUGUUGAACUAACACAGGAAGAGCUUGAUCAUAUAAAAAGAGUCACAAUGAUGGCUAUGCAAGAGGAAAGUUAUUAUGGAACCCAUGCUCUUCAACCUGCAGCCUCUGAAAGGCAUGAUAGAGUCUUUUCGCUUGAGGAUGUACCUGUUAAAAUCACUACAAAGGGUCUUGGUCAAGCCUUCGAAUUUAGUGAGGUGGAUGACCACGAUAGAAUUAAGAAGUUAGAAAACACUAUUGNUGAUGCUCCAGUGGAUGCCACUGGACUUACACAGGAAGAAAUUGAUCAUAUAAAAAGAGUUACAAUGAUGGCUAUGCAAGAGGAAAGUGAUUACGGAACCCAUGCCCUUCAACCUGCAGCCUCUGAAAGGCAUGAUAGAGUCUUUUCUCUUGAGGAUGUACCUGUUAAAAUCACUACAAAGGGUCUUGGUCAAGCCUUCGAAUUUAGUGAGGUGGAUGACCACGAUAGAAUUAAGAAGUUAGAAAACACUAUUGCUGAUGCUCCAGUGGAUGCCACUGGACUUACACAGGAAGAAAUUGAUCAUAUAAAAAGAGUUACAAUGAUGGCUAUGCAAGAGGAAAGUGAUUACGGAACCCAUGCCCUUCAACCUGCAGCCUCUGAAAGGCAUGAUAGAGUCUUUUCUCUUGAGGUUGUACCUGUUAAAAUCACUACAAAGGGUCUUGGUCAACGUUCCAAAUUUGGUGAGGUGGAUGACCACGAUAAAAUUAAGAGGUUAGAAAACACUAUCGCUGAUGCUCCAGUGGAUGCCACUGGACUUACUCAGGAAGAACUUGAUCAUGUAAAAAGAGUUACAAUGAUAGCUACCCAGGAGGAAAGUGAUUGUGGAAAACGAGCACUUCGACCUGAAGUCUCUGAAGAACGUGGUAAAGUAUUUGGUCUCGACAAAGCACCUGUUCAGUUCACUACAAAGGGUCUUGAUCAACGUUCCAAAUUUACUGAAUUAAGCGAUCUUUAUAAAAUUAAGAAUUUAGAAAACACUAUCGUUGAUGGUCCAGUGGAUUCCACUGGACCUAUACAGGUGGAGAUCAAUCAUAUGGAAAGUGUCACAAUGAUGGCUAUGCAAGAGGAAGGUGAUUAUGGAACGCAUGCGCUUCAACAUGUAGUCCCGGAAAAGCAUACUAGAGUCUUUGCUCUUGAGGAAGUACCUUUCCAGUUUACCUCCAAAGACCUUGCUCAAUCUCUUAAAAUUGCUGAAAUGACGGACCUCCAUGAAAUAAAGCAGUUAGAAAGCAUUAGUGGUGAUGUGUCCUUGGAUUCCAUAGGACCUACACAGCAGGAACUCGGCCAUAUAAACGGGAUCACAGUGACGGCCAUGCAAAAGGAAGGUGUUUACCAAGCUCAUGCACUUCCAUAUGCAAUGUCACAAAACCUUGAAAGAUUCUCUGAGACCCUCUUCGAUUCACCAAAUCCUAAUAUUAUUCAGCCAACUACCAUUCAAGAUAUCAUCCAAGAAGAACUUCGUAAUUCUAGCAGCAAUAAUCAGUUUGGGAUACGAUCUGAAUUGCAAAGCGAUCCUUCUGUCCCAUUCCACGGUGUAAUGAAAUCCAAUCAGUUCACUCAACAGAAUGUAUACCAUGUGGACUGUACUAGUCGCUUGGCAAUAAAGAGUGAUGAUGAAUAUCCAGCUUACAAGAGCUCUACGAAAGAUAUAAGUAUCGGGAGAGUGCGUGAAGAACCAUCUCACUUAGAGGAAAAUGUCUCAACUUCUAUGCUAUUCUCUAAUGAAUCCACUGAAAUCUUUAAAAACAAUCUAGAGAAGAUUAGCGAUUCUACACCACAGAGGGAGAUGUUUGGUGACUUUGAGAAUGGAACUCACCAAGGACACCUAGGCGAUUACGAGAGGGAUAUCCAAUGUGCUGAAAAGGAAUUUGAGUAUAUUAGUAGGGCCAACCAGAUGAACGAUGUGGCCGAACCACGAAGUAAAUGUGAAAUUACUACUCAACCCGUAAAACCAGUGGAGCAUAGUGUUAACUCUGCCGAAUUGUGUCCUAGAAACGAUCACGAUCCAAUUGGAUACAGCUGUGGAAACGGAAAAUCUAGUCUAGAUCAAAUGGAAUCCAUACCUGAAACGACAAACGCUCUGAAUGUCAGUGAAUUGCACAGAGAACGGCCACACUUUGUGAAAGGGUUGAUCGCUGACGAGAAGGAAGAUCUUGCGGAGUGUCCACCAGAGAGGCAUGAAGUAUUUGAUGAGCAAGCAUAUAAAAAUGGGCCAAUAUUCAACACUCCGGAACUAGAGAGAUUUGGAAGUACUCGUGACGUUUUUGAAAAGGAUAUCGCUUUGUAUUCCGCUGACACAACUCCGAAGGAAAGUGUCGUAGCAGCAGCGUCAAGGGCAUCGAUCGCGUUCGCGGUUGCUGGUGGGAAGGGCGGUGCUGGAGCGGUCGGGAUCGAUAGCGAGGCGAAGUCUUCUGGAGGAGGUCGUAUGCUGGACUCGGGCCGAGCAGGCCGUUUCGGUCUCUCCGGCCUCGGACGACUGGCCACCGGAGCUCUCGGAAAGGCCAAACAAGCAGCUGCCGAAAUCGUCCAAAAUGUGCCGUCGACGAGCAAAUUCCCUACGGCUGUAUAUGACGAGAACAUUCUGAACGAAGUCCAAUCCAAACGUGACAGGAAGACUAAAAAAGAUCCGAGUGAAGACUAUGAGCUAGUUGUGGAAGGACUUUAA